UAUCUAUUACUAUUACCUACGAUAGUAUCACCUCGUAAUUUCCUACCUAGCAUUGUCGACUCAAAACAAUCCAAACACAACAUGUAUCCAUCCAAUCACAACAGAGAAUCACAAACACAUUUUCUUCCUCUCACAUGCUCAACAAUGGCAACGCACACUCUAGAUCCUUCGUAUCUUCAAGAACAUUCUGUCCGUUCCUUCGCACCCACGUCUUUUCUUCCACGCUUACACUCCCCCACCAAUCACUUGUUCCACGCACUGCCCCUCUAUUCAAGUGCCCCACCAAGGUUCCAGAUACCAAGAUCGAAUUUGUCCUUGAGACAUCGAUAUCUCGUUUGCCAAAGUUGGAACUAAUGGUGGGCAACUUUUCCAAGAGACACACCUACCAGUAGAAACUCAUGACACGAGUAUCUACUAGCUACCUAGUAUUAUCGUGAGAAUUUGGUCCACGACUUUACGCAGCAUGAACACAUCUUUGUUGAGAUGCAUUUGCAUCAUGUAGGAUGGAGUCAUUGUUUAGGAUGGAUGGGGGAGAUGGAGAUGGAGAUGGAGAAAGUGAAGAUUAUCACAAAGCAGAUGGAAGAAAAGUAAAGGAAUAGUUUCACAUCAAUGAAUAUACAAAUUGGGAACCGCCCUCGACUUCAUUUUCUCUUUUUGCUAUAAUUGUUCAAUCAAUCAAUCAAUCAAUCCAUUCAGGCAAUCUACCAAUAAAUCCCAACACCAACAUCUCAACGGCGUUUAAACAUUCCAACUCCAGCUUUCACCAAAGGCCCAUAUAUAUACAUCAACUUUCAUCCCGCUCUCCGCCUUUCCUCCAACUUUGAACCCAUAUUUCUUAUCCCUCCUUGUCUGCAUCACUGCAUCACUUCCAUCGUUCAUCGAGAUACCACACACAUCUUAUCAAUCAAUCAAAAAAAAAAAAUCGUUCUCGACCUUUCCGUGCCUACCUAGCUCAAACUUGGCUCACUAGCGUUCUCCCCCUGAUACUCACAUAUUUAUUUAUUGACCUCUUCAUCCUUUUUCUUCUUUUCAGAAUGCCUUCUGCAACUACACCACCAACUCUCAGUACCAAUUUGGCAGUUAAGAAAACUAGUUACGCUCGCACACAAGAUCCAGAUAUGUUGAACUGCAAGAGAAAGAUUAUUUGCUUUUCGGAUUUCGAUGGCACAAUCUUCAUGCAAGAUACCGGGCACGUCCUUUUCGAUUCAUACGGAUGCGGAGAAGAACGUCGUCAGAUCCUCGAUGAACAAAUCAAAACCGGCGAACGUUCUUUCCGUGAUGUUUCAGAAGAGAUGUGGGGAUCUCUCCGCGUUCCCUUCGAAGAUGGUUUUGCCGUGAUGGAGAAAACUCUCGAGAUUGAUCCUGAUUUCCAAAAAUUCCAUCGCUUCUGUAUUGAUAACAAUAUUCCUUUCAAUGUUAUCAGUGCGGGCUUGAAGCCUGUGUUGAGAAAAGUGUUGGAUAAGUUCUUGGGAGAGGAGGAGAGUAAGAGAAUCCAAAUCGUGGCAAAUGAGGCAGAGAUUAGUGAGGAUGGAAGUCUGUGGAAGCCAGUUUGGAGACAUGACACUGAGUUGGGUCACGACAAGGCAUUGUCCAUUACGGAAGCAAGAGAACUUGCUCAAUUGGAAUGUGAGGAUGGAACUAUCCCAUUGAUUGUAUUCAUUGGUGAUGGAGUUUCUGAUUUACCUGCUGCGAGACAAGCAGAUGUUUUAUUUGCACGAAGAGGUUUGAGAUUGGAGGAGUAUUGUGUGGAACAUAAGAUUCCUUACAUUCCAUUUGAUACUUUUGCCGAUAUUCAAAAGGAAGUGGAGAAGAUUGCUGAGGAGGAUCAAGCGAAGACUGGUGGUGCAGGCAAGCCAGCUAGAUUCAACCCAAGAGCCAACUUGUGGAGAAGAGUUUCAAGUCAGAAUGCUGUUCCUUCAUAUGUUGCUGCUACUCCAACAAAGGAAGAAAAGAUGUUCUUGUGGCCAGAAUCUUUCUCUGAGCUUAAAGAAAAUAUACCAGCUUCAAUCACGGAGGAGGUUGGCGCUUAAGAUGGAAGAUGGAUAAUUGUUAUCAUCUUCCGUCUGCUAUAUCUUUAUUCACUGCAUUUUUAUUCCUUUUUAUAAGUUGCAUGGCGUUGAGGUAUAGGCAUUAAUUAGCUAGCCGGUCGGGGAAUCAUUUUUUGGUGGAUUUAUAGGGGGUUCAAAAGACCUGUUGGUUCGGGAUAUUAUUGCGACUAGAUAUAUAGAUUACUUGCAAUAGAUAUUUGUUCUUAUGAA